CGAAAGACGAAAGCAAAAGUGACGCAAUCAAAGGAAGCGUUCAAUUUUCAAUUUCAUAUUUUGUAAUUUGUUAAUUUAUAUUGUGUUCGUCCUUCGGGGAAGAUGAAUAAUAACAUUGGAUAUAAUAAUAAAGCAUGGGGGAGAUCUAAUCAGAACUCCGCCAACUUAAUGAAUCAAAAUCAAUUACAAUCACAACCCACUGGUUUAGGAAACAUGGUCCCGUUCCCCGGAAAUCAACCACUCUUUCAAAAUGCUAUGGGAGUUCAACAGCAGAACCUGGGGCUAGGAUUACAACAAAUACAUAAUGCAAUAACGGCUGCAGCUCCACUCGGCUCUCAAGUUGCUAAUAACCCAAUUUUCCAACAAGUAUCUUACCCCAAUAGAGGACUAAACCCUAAAGCUUUCCAGUCGAACAUGUCAUUGCAAAAUAAUCAGAAUAAUGGAUCUGGAAGACAAAGAGUUUUCACUGGUAAGGUCACUCAGAUGCACGAUAACUUCGGUUUAGUUGAUGAAGAAGUUGUUUUUCAAAUGAAUGUGUGUGUUAUGGGCUCACGUCCUACUGUUGGAGAUCGGGUACUAGUAGAAGCCCAGAAUACCCCUAAUAUGCCUUUUAAGUGGAACGCUACUCGCAUACAGGUUAUAACAGGUUCCCAAUCUAGAAGCUAUGGCAACAGUAACUAUGUACCCCAAUCUGAUAGAAGACGAAGAGAUGGUAAGGGCAGAGACAGAUCUAGAGAUAGAGACAGGGACGACGACGAAGUAGAUAGAAAGAGGAGGAGGGAGGAUAGGGUUAGAGAAAGGGAAAGAGAUGACAGGAAAUCUCCAUUGAGGAAACGAUCCAAGUCCCGCUCAAGAUCCCCAAAGGGUGUAAGAAGGAGGCCAAGGAUUAUUCCGAGAUAUAUGGUUCAGAUCCCUAAAAUCAAUUUGGAUUUGGAUAGUGGUGAUGUUCUUGAAAUUAAAAGAAGGUAUAAGAACAUGUACAUCCCUUCAGAUUUCUUCUUCACCAGCAUAAAGUGGGUCGAUUCCUUUCCUGCCGACAAACCAUUCGCUAUAAACAAACCUUGCUCAUUCCAUGUGAUGCAUAAAGAUGUGGACCCAAUAAUUGAAAAUCGUUCCUCAGAUCCACCAGAUGCCGACUAUCUCUUCUCCGCAAAAGUGAUGCUGAUGAGUACCCCCGGACUGGAGGAAAUCUACCAUAGGUGCUGCGCUCUCGCUGACGAUAAAGACAAUGACGACAAAGACUAUGUGCACCCUACCAGACUGAUCGACUUCUUGAUCGGUCUCAGGGGAAAGAAUGAAACUAUGGCUAUAGGGGGUGCUUGGAGUCCGUCCCUAGAUGGUGAGAACCCAAAAGAGGAUCCCACUGUGUUGAUCAGAACCGCUAUUAGGACUUGUAAAAGUCUGACAGGUAUCGACCUGUCUAAUUGUACCCAAUGGUAUCGUUUCUUGGAGCUGUAUUAUCGACGGAGUGAGUCUACUUACAAGGGGAAGACCAUCCCUGCCCGUGUCGAGACCGUCGUACUGUUUCUGCCGGAUGUCUGGAGCUGCUUGCCUACCAGGGUGGAGUGGGACGAUCUGCAGAACUCAUACAAAAAGCAAUGCGAACGAAUCUUGACGCAACCUGAGACUGCCGCUGUUGAUGCUGACGAUGGCGCUGGUGCUGCUGAGAGCGGUGGUAGUGGGGAUCCUGCUUCCCGAAUUGCAGAUUCCAGUGGGGAUCAGUCGUCACCAGCUGAUGAAAAGGAAGACGAAGCGAGUUCUGAUAAAUUGGAACCUACGCAUCAUUCUCAACUGGAUCCUAAGACUAUGGUCGUUAAUGAUUUAAGGACCGAGCUAACGGCAAGAGGUUUGAGCGCUAAAGGGCUGAAAUCGCAAUUGGUAGCUAGGUUGAUGAAAGCUUUAGCGUCAGAAGCCGAAAAGAGUGAAGCGAAAGAGAAAGAAACGAAAGAAGUCGAAUCUGAAUCGGAAACUUCCGUAGUAGAAGUUAAAAAAGAGGUGGAAGAGAAAAAAAUGGACGAUAAGGAAAAGGCACUACUGGAAAGACGCCACACGUUACCGGAGCAUCCCCAAAUAAUAGUCCAUCCGUCGAAAACGGCCAAAUCCGGCAAAUUCGAAUGUACUACGAUGUCCUUGUCGCUCUUGCUAGACUACAGACCCGAGGACUCAAAAGAACAUUCGUUUGAAGUGUCCCUAUUUGCAGAACUGUUCAACGAAAUGUUAAGCAGAGAUUUCGGUUUUAACAUCUAUAAAUCGCUGUACGAAUUACCUGAAAAGAAGGAAGAGAAGAAAGAUAAAAAGGAGAGCGAAGGUAAGGAAGAGAAGAAAGACGAUAAGGCUGAAGUAAGGAAGGCGGUGACAGUGAGGAGAAAGCAACGAAGUUGGAAGAAGUCGGUGAUACAGCAGAGAAAAAAGAAGACGACAAGAAGGAUAAGACAUCAAAUGGAGAUAAGAAAAAGGAGGAAUCUGACGAUGAUAGUGAAAAAAGAAAGGAGCGGGAAAGGAAGAAGAAAGAAAAGAUAAAAUUGUACACCAAAGACAAACAUUUGUUGCUCUCGUUCGUUUAUUUUGACCAGACACAAUGUGGAUAUAUAUUUGACAAGGAUGUAGAGGACUUGAUAUACACUUUAGGCUUGAAACAGUCCAGAGCACAAAUCAAAAAGAUGAUCAGCAAAGUUAUCGUCAGAGAUUCCUUGCAUUACAGAAAAUUAACCGAUAAACCGAAAAACGCCGAAGAUGAAUCUGCAGAAGAACCGCCUAAAGAACUAGAUUUGGCCGAAAUUGCUCAGGGAAAUAAGAAGCUACUGCCGGUAUUUGGUGCUAAAGAAUCGAAUGAAAAGGUGUCCAAACGCCGCACGACAGGUGCUCUAGAAACUACAGAUGGUUUUGUGAAGUUCAGAGGUUCUGUCGUAGAUGUAGGUAAACUAUUGAACCAACUGGAAAGAAGCGAGCAAGUGAGAGUCGACACAGAAGCAAGAAUGAUCGAUUUAAAAAAUGAAAAUCAAAAGCUUACCGAAAAAUACCAUAAGUCCAAUUCCACUAUUAAGCAACUGACGUCAGAACUGCGCGAAAACAAAGACAAACUGCGCAACGCCAACGAUGUCCUCAGCAAGACUAAUACCCAUUCGAAAUUGUAUUAUCAAACGUUGCUCGACAUCAAGGACAAAAUCGAUCCCAUUCUAAGAACCUCGCACAAAGAGGAAACAAAGAAAGAAAGAGACGAGAAGGACCGAGACAGAAAACAAGACGACGGAAAGUCUAGAUGGGAGAAGGAUAAGGAUCAUGCGCAUAGCAAAAAGGAGGAUAAAGAGGAGAUAAAGAAGGAAAAAGAAAAAGAAAAGGAGAGCGAGAAAGAAAAGGAGGACGGUGACGUGGAAAUGAUUGAAGCGAAAAAGGAAAAAGACUAAAAACUUGGUUUGUUAUUUUAUGAUUAAUUUUAAUAUGUGUAAUUUUUCAAUUUACUGUGACAUUUUGGGUUAAAAAACAAUAAAACAUCAUUUAAUCAAAAUUUUG